AUGAGUUCCAUCCUUCCGUCGAGCUUCACCUUUGGAGUCGAUCAAAGUGGCCAACAGCCUUCACAGCAGCAGGCUCUGCACCAGAUUAUCAACCAUAAUGGCUCAUAUAUAAGCAAGCCUACACUGAGGAGCAAGAGAAGUAAGAGGAGGCUCAGUGAGGAGAUGAAUAGUGACGAAGAAAACACAGGCAGAUCGUCCAGAUCAAGCCCAAAAAGACUGUCACCACCGGUUCGCACUGCUCUGGCUUCGUCGUUGAAUAGGCACAAGAAGUUGAGGGGACAGGAGAUCAGAGGUCAGCCUCUUCCCUUGAAAAGGGUAAUCCAAACGCUAGAUAAGUCUCAACUGGAGAACUUAGUGGGUUCCUUGUUGGAAACGAGACCCGAUAUAACUCCGGAUGUACUGAAUUCCGUUCCCAAAGUGAGUGUGGAUGCUGUUUUGAACAUGCUCAAUGAGAGAAUCGAGUCAUUGGUGGCAGGAUUGCCAUAUAAAGUGGAACCAAAAUCAGAUUACGCUUAUCUGAGAGUCAAGCAUCUUGUCGCAGAGUUUUUCGAGGCAGUCUCCGACUAUGUGUUGAAUUUCCUUCCACCUGUGGAGACCGAAAUCAUGAACUCGCUCGUUUUUCUGUACGAAUUUCUGACCAAGAUCUACAACAGAAUGCCCGGCUUCUCCAACAUUGAAUACAGAUACUACCAGAAGAUCAUUAUUGAAAAGUUCAACAUGAUAUUCUUUGAUGUUUUCACCCUCUUCCUUGCAGAGAAGAAGACUAACAUUCUGAUUCUCAUCAACGAUAAUUGGCUCGAGAAGUUGAAGGAGAUCAACGAGGUGAAUGAGAACAUGUUUGAUGGUGUGUACGACUUUGUGAGAGAGGAAAUCGAUAAUUAUAGCAGAGGAGGGAGUCUUCGCUCUGAAGGGUCGGAUUUCGAGCCUGAAAUCAGAUUGCAAGGUCUUUCUUCCUUGCUGAACUUCUCCAGUGACAACAGUCCCCUUCAGGGGGCUUCCAGUGGCGAGGUUUAUGGGAAAUACAGAAUCUAA